AUGUCAGGGGCCACACAGGUCCCCGUGGCCCGUACGGUGCUUCAGCAGUGUGUGCGGGCCUCGCUGAUGGUGAAGCCCGCAGAGGAGAAGAGCUCAGAGGCGGAGUUCGUGCAGAUUGACAGAGGAAUGGUCAUCUACGUUUGUUUCUUCAAAGGAGCCACAGAGGAAAUCCUGCCAAAGAUGGUGUCCAGUCUGCUGAACCUGCGUGUGUGUGAGACGUCCUCUGGGCAGAUGUCCUCAGUCCUGGAUCUUCCUGGGAGUCUUCUGGUCGUCCCUCAGGCCACGUUAGGAGGCCGAGCCAAAGGCAAAGCCAUGCAGUACCACAACAACAUCCCUAAAGAGCAGGGACUGCGGCUAUACCAGGCCUUCGUGGCUCUGUGCCAGAAGGAACUGGGUCCUAAGGAGAACGUGGGGGUGAAAUCUGGGACCUACGGGAACCGGCAGGUGCUGAACCUAGAAACCAACGGCCCCUACACACACCUGAUGGAGUUCUGA